UCUUUGUUACCCACUAUUAAAAUAACUUUUUAUGCUUUCAUCGUUAUAUAAAUAUUAAUCCAAAAUGAUUCUAAUAGAUAAAAUAAAGAUCGAAUAGUACUAAUGUUGUCAAAAUGAAAAAUAUUAUUACGGUCGGUAAAGUAUGAAAUGACGACGAACGUUUUGUAAUUACACGUAUUUACGUUAAUCUCUAUGACGGUCGCCAUAUUGUUCUUGUAAUGCUUUGUGACGUCAAUGGCUCUACCGGUCGGUUGAGACAUGACUAUGUGUAUGUAGUCGUUAGAAAAUCUCUACCGUGCAAAGGUGAACCCACCAAAGAUUUUCCUCUUAAACUUUAAUAUAUUCCUUUGUUAAGUUGAACGCAAUAUAGAUGUAUAAGUAAUAUGCAACACCUUACAGUUGAUGACGUCAUUGUGAAGUUCCGAAAUUGAAAUCAAUAAGUGGUGUGCAAUGUUGUGUGCACAUGACAGUCGGAGCGAAAUGGUGAUUAUGUCAAAACAUUCUGUCAGAACGUCUUGGUUUUUCUCGUUAAGACCGAAAGUGUGAAUGUUUAUAAAGAAGAUGGCGCGGAACGCGAAGAAAAAGCUGGCGAUAUUCGUCGGAACGUCAAAGUGCUUGAUAUACGCAGAAGCAAAAUAUUGUGCCUCUGAAAUGCCUGGAGAAAUAAAGUACUAUGAGUGUUCUAGAACAGAAUAUUGUUGUGGUAUUGGCUGUUGUGUAUCACCUGGACUGCAUUUCCAUCAUUUAUGGUAUUACUGGAUACUGGUUAUAAUCAUGUUCCUGGUAUGCUCUGGUGGCGGUUGGUGGUAUCGAUAUUGGUUGCAAGGAAGGUACAGAGCGGCCGCAUCGGCCAUUCCGACUAGAGCUUCCAACCCUCGAGCUCAAAGUUCUCUUCGGGGGCCGACUUGUCAAGUUCAGAGAGCUCGCAUCACUUACGAUUCGGCGAGGAAUACCGUGUUGCUGCAUCGUAUGUGGAAAGGUCCUCAAAGGAACGGAGCAGUGCCAGCGUACAACGGCAACGCGACCACGUCGACACACUACCAGAACAUGAGCGUUGUAUUGAACGACGCCAACUGUCCGUACUAUCAAUUGUAUGGUCCGCCCCCGAGUUACGAAACUGUGAUAGCCCAAACACGCGGUAAGAUAUCGAAUCCCGCCUCGCCGGAAUCCUCGAACGCGCGGACGAACGCGCAAUCACCGAGCAUUCUACCGAAUUCGAGCGUGCCGCAAUGUUUUUCGUACGGAUGUAAUCCUUCCACGAGACUGAACGGAGGUCUGGACCAAAGCACGCAAUAUCAGAACGGGAAUGUUAGCCCGCGGCAGCUCGAUAACCCGGAAGCUGGCCCGUUCACGCGUUUCCCGUACUGCGUCGCGGACGGACCGAUCAGGCAGAACGUGUGUGUUCCUUUCGACUACCAGGAGCAACCCUUCGUUCCUGAGGACGGAUUCAGUCGUGGUUAUCAAGGCGCCUCGACGUACUACGCUCCGUAUUCGAUGGACAAGUCGUCGGACACUUCGGACCCGGAGAAUCAGAGUUUCGAGGCACCGAGGGUGGAUAGGUAUAUGAUGGUUAAUAUCGAUUGUACGGCGGGUAGCAGCAGAGAGCAGAGCCUCUGGGAGACGAACGAUCGAUCGAUCUCCAAGGUCCACGGUAAAGAGGAGAAGAAUACCAGCGAAAGGGUCGAAGAAAGCUGGGGUGAGCACCGCCGAAUCGCAACGGACUCCGCGUCAGGUUUUUUCUCGAUUCAAGAAACGGACGGGAGUUGCGUGAACGAUUCCAAAUCUACCGUGAACUCGUCGGAUGAUUUCGAAUCCGAAUUCUCGAGGAGCCGACGAGUCUAUGGGGGGUCUUUAAAAGCGACCGGCAAGUAUGCCGGUAACGCGAAAUGCGAGGAAUAUUCCGUUGAGAGGGCUUUCUCGAAAACUUUGCCUCGCUCCUGCGAGGGUCUUAUUAACACAGAGCCAGCGAAAGCAAUCACCAACGCGUCCCGUGACGCGAGUCCUUUAGAAGACACGGCAAACGCUAGCGUGAGUUCUUUUCAAUCAAAUCCAUCCAGCAAUGUGAUAUUAGAGUCUUUCGUUUUCGACGGCGCGUCGUCUUCGACGGAGAACGUCGAGAACGCGGAGGAGGAGCGUCGUUCCCGUCUCACGAAUGCCAGUACAAAUUCUGACCUUGAAAGUAACCAUAGAUUAGACAGAUCGAAAUCAUUGGACUGAGCGCCGGUGCCGCCGAGCGAAUACUGUCAACGCGCAGCGCUUAUUCUUAUACGUGUCACCAUACGAUUUUCCGCGUAUAUACUUGUAUGUAUCACGUGACGCAUAAUUGUUAGGUUGAAUCUGUCGUCGCGUCGAGAACGUUCCAUCCCGCAUUCGAUGUAACGAAACGAGCGCAGUAUUAUUUUUUUAAGAGUCCUUCGAAGUUGUGUAUCUAUAUGCUUCUUGACCCAGUCUACCCUUCACAGUUGUCUGUCUACACUGUCCUCGAGGCGAGUCCUUUUUCCUGCCGUGUUAACGCUAUCGUCGAUGUGUGAAAUCAAGCCAUUGUAUGUAAUCAACGAUGAAAGCAUCCGUCUUAAGAAUUUCUGGCGAUGUCGGGAUGCUAUGCCUUUCUUAGGGGUUCGGUUUCCUACCGUAUUUAUUAGUUAAACAGUUAAAGUUUUAACCGAGUUAUUUAAGUAAUCGUUAUUAUGGAAUUGCUGCUUAUAUGUAUACGUGUUCUAUAUAAUUUUUCAAUGCUUAAAAGAAUUUUUUCGCCCAAAAAGAAUUCGAUCAGCAUUUUAUAAAGAGGUUACGUGUAGCAUUUGAACAUCGUCAGGAACACUUGGAAAAGUCUGAACACAGUCGCCAAAUUAGCUCGUGUAUGCGUCAAGUCUUGUUUUCAAAACAGUGAAAUAUAGUAUUAUAUAUUAUGUAUAACAUUUGCUUUUAAUUUAUUGUUACAAUAUUUUGUGGAUUGCACAAAUAACACAUUUUUUGGCGACUGGUUACAUUUAUUACUGAUUAGAGUGUAAUUGCUUUAUUUCAUGCAUUCAUGGUAAUAAUAAUAUUCCAAUGUCCUUCUAUUCGGCGCAUGCUUGUCAUCUUGGACGGCGCGCGUCGCGCAAACAUGGAACCAAUAGUUUAACGCGUUUAGGCAUUCAAUGCAAUACUUUUCUCGUACUUUUAAUCGAGAAACGCCAAUGGGAACACUUAACCUUCCUUUUUUUUUUCAUUUCUCGCGAUUAUUAAUAAUCGAUCGAUCUACCGACAAUGAACCAUAUAAGCGGGGUUUCGUUUAUCAACGCGCGUGAUUUCGUAGGUAUUUACAGUGAGCCACAGAAGUAUUUCUUCCGCCUCUUAGAGGAAAUAUUACAUUGUCCGUAUCGAUAAAAAUAUACACUAUAUUAAAAAAAAAAAAGAAAAUCGAAUUUAAGUAAACUAUGCAAGAACCAACAAUCAAUCAGUAUUUAUAUUUCUACAGUGGAUACUAAUCAUAAUCAACAUUUUUACAGUGAAUUGUGUCAUGUUUCGAUGUAAUGAAACUUUCCAAACUAUUUUAGAAAUUCUAUGUCUAUAAUUGUGUUAUUUCACGAGAAGUGUAUAUCAGUUGAAAGUUUAAUACGAUGUAUAAGUUUAUCUAUAAGGAUCUAAAUAAUACUUUAUCCUACAUGUAGAUACAAGUUUGAUGUCAGCAAUAUACUUCUGUGACUUAUCGUGCAUCGUUCUCUCGCACACCGAUACUGCCAGAAAUCUUUGGUCGAAAAACAACCAGUUCGUCACAAUUACGUUAACACAGUGUCCCUUGUUUAAAUGAAUGGGCUCGACUAACUCCGGUUACGCACAAAACCGUCGAUUGACGCCGUACGUUUUCAUCGUCCUACAUUUAAUGUCGGUAAAACGCCGAUUAAACUCGUUAUAGCGCACCUUUUUCUAAUCUUCGCACAUUGUCGUACUAACUUUACGAGCCACAGGAACUUUUUAAUAUAAAAUAUUCUAAUUAAUAGGUGAGAUUCUACCGUACUCGACCGUUUUUGCGCGCGUCGUGAUUUUCUAUAACGAGAAGCAUCGACUCGGUGUUCGACGAUGCUGAAUAAAUCGGUCUUCCCUCCUCCAAGGGGGAGGAUGAUCGUGCCGCUCCGCUUUCAGUUUCAUCGACCACCGUUCUACGUUCUCCGUGUUUGCACGUUAAUGCAAUCUCGAUAUUUAUAAAAAAAAAGUUAACUCCUUUGAAGCGCAGCAAGCCACCAUUGACGUACUUAAUUUUAAGAUAUGUAAUUUACGAAAGAGUCUCUAGUUUGUUUACGGAUUAUAGCGUGCGGAGGGGGGAGGGGUAACUGUGUAAGAUAAGAAGUUGUAUGAAACGAGGUGUGAAAGUGACAGGGAAAAGUGGAGUUUGGGGUUGCAAUUGCGUUUUAAUCCAGGGGUGGGGAAUCUUGGCAUUGGAAGGUCGGAUGUCAUAUGAAAAAGCUGACAAUUGUCUAGGGUUUUAAAUAUUUAACAGAAUUAAAAAUACAUCUACUCGUGAAACCAAUAGUUUUCAUGAAACAGCCAAUAGUUACACAGCUUCAUUGAAUGGAAUGAAAGUCAUAGUGGUGUAAGUUAAACUAAAAAAGAUAUUAAUCCUUUCAUUGAAGAAAAGGAUUUCUCAAAAUGAAUAAAACAUGAUUUACGCUAGUAUGGUUUACAACGUUUCAAUUUUAAUUUCGUUUCAUAUUGGAGUAUUAAUGUUAUGUAAAGAUAUUACGGUUUUAAUCUUUGCAUUAUAGAUUAAUUGUUUUUACAUUUUAUAAAUAUAUAAUUUUCAACUUUAUAAUGAAGAGAAAAGCAAGUUUAGUUUUAAUCCGCAUACCGAGUUCGUAUGGUAAGUUGAAAUUUUAUCUUCAGGAUAAAAUUAUAUCAGACUUUAGAAUAAUAAAUAAAAUAAAACGAAAACAUAUCUUUUGCAAUAAUAUACAUAAGUUAUUGUUAUUUCUAUUAAAGAAAAAAAAAAAGAUGGAAACAAAGGGAACAUUUAUUAAUUACUGUAAGUUGUAAUGAUAUCUUCAAUUGUUUAAACUAUUUAGUAUAAUGGGCAUUAAGAAAUAUGGAAACUAUAUUAACAUACUAGAUAUAUAACUAUUGCAUAAUCAUAGUUUUUAUGUUAACGACUGAGAGGGAAAAGUACAUUAUGGAAAAGCAAAAUCAUUUUUAAUUAAGAACAAGAACCAAAAGCAAACUAGGAAGACAAUUCGAUAUACUGAUUGUUUCAUAUUAUACAUAAUACAAACUACAUUACGAAUACGACGACUGAAAAUAUCGUUAUAAUUUACACUAAUAGUUAUUAAUUUUUCAAAAUAAGAUACGAAUUUAUCCUGAAACGUGAUAUUGUAUUAAGAAACAAAAACAAGUUAAUAUUAUUUCCAAGUUACUUGUGAUAUUCUGCUUAAAAAUUAACGAUUGUUUAAUGUUAGUUUCAAUGAGAAUAUACCAUCUAAAUGAUGAAGAUGCACAAUUGAUCAGUUGACAAUGCCGCAUGCGGUCUUCAGGCCGCAGGUUUCCCAUCCCUGUUCUAAUCGAUUUACGGGUCACGACAGCUUGCAAACGCAUCUUCCUUUAUCUCUCGUGUCUUCGUCGUUUUCCAGAUCGUUUCUACGUCACGAUGUCCAAGUAUCACGCGACUGGACUCGGUUGAUGCUGUCGAAAAGGAAAUGAAGUACCUAGUCAUUCACGCAGACAGUUGCGAUUCGACCUUGAUAAAAGUUCAAUAACGUGAACAGAGAGGAGCAAAAUUUGAUUCGAAUUGAUUCUGUGCUCUUAUAUUCAAUCAUUUAUACCUUUACUUGAAAUAGAUAGAUUAAGUCUCAACCUGAUGGCCACUGCAGAGUACCUACAUACACGAAGAUAUAAGAUCGACGAGCCAUAAGAUUAUGCUUAUUGUUAUUCUUUAACAAUUGUUAUAAUUAUCAAUUACACUUGUAAUCUGUUAAAAUAAUAGUAAUAAGCGGAAUUGUAUGGCAUAUAUACAUACGUUGUAAUAGUCAACAGGUUAAGACUCAAGUUAUACAAUACAUACAUUCAUUGCAAUGCAGAUCAGGCGAAGAACAUUAAAGGUCGAUACGUAUUUCAAAGUAACAUGACGAGUGAAUAUUUCUACUUAAGCUAGAGUUAUAAAUGAUUGAGUAUAAAUGCACAGGAUCAAUUUGUACCCCUAAUAAUAAAAGCACCAAGCAAACAAUUUAUUCAUGACGUCAUGAAUUGCACAAUUUGAGCAGUGAUCGAACGGUUAAACGGCCCAUUAUGAAAUAUUUAAUUUUAUAAUUCAAAUUCUAAAAUUGCUUAAGAAAUGAUGCUCAGUCAGCUGUUCAGUCUUUCUAAAUGUGACUUUUGCUCGUCUUUGAAUGGGCGUCAUCAAGCGUUACUUUUCGCAGCACGAACGUGGUCGAGGCGCGAGAAUCGGCGUGCCGUCGCGUUUGUGAGUUUCUGACUUGGUUUUCGAUAGUAACAGCGGUCCAAAGAAACAGCGUACGUGCCAAUAACGUGUCCGUUAGAUAAAUUAAUAUCGAGUAGAACGAGUCGGUCGACCUCGUGAAGGCAACUCGAUCUCGCAGCCAAUGUGUUGUUUAGCUUAACAGAAGAAACAAAGAAUGAUACAUAUAUAUAUAUAUAUAUAGAGAGAGAGAGAUGUAUCAUUCUUUUAUGUUUAUGUAUAUACAGAUUGUGUGUGUAUACACAUACACACGCAUACACAAUUAUUUUUUGUAACCGAUCCUAAAAGGGAACGGGCCGUUUUGACUGUCCGUCUGAAUAAAUAUUAACGCGUAAAAUGCAAAUAACGAGCGAUGCUCCGGAUCCAUAUGGGAGUCUUCUAUAGAUUCAGGAAUACCACUAUAUUUUGUGUGCGUGCGUAGUGUCUGCGUGUUACAUAGCUUUAACGAUAACUUAGUCCGAAUGAUCCUCUCACCGUAACGCGCAAUCAUAUUCGUAUUACCAUACUGUAAGAUAUAUUGUACCUAACGAGCGAAGGAAGGGUGUCUCUCUGAAAUAAAGACGAAAUAUUUAUUCACGCGA